GUACCUUCCACGAUCCCACAAAAGUAUUAAUUCUCACUUUCUCAGCCCCGGGAAGAAAAAAUAAACAUAAACGGCUGCCCAGAAAAAAAGCUUGUUAAAAAAAGCAAAAGGGGAACUUCCAGUCAACGUACAGUACAGCAUAGCUUCUUUAACUUCGUUGGAAAAAGAAAUGGCGAAGAGGGCGGUAACAGAUCUUAUCGAAGCAGAGUCUGGAGAAAUAUUCCUAGAGCACAAAAGGAAGAAGAAACGGGCUGAUGAGAAGACUGUUCAUUAUUCCUUCACUGUGUACGCAAGGUCACUCUAUAUCAGCUGGGCUGAUUGUGAAAACUGGACUUGGACUUGUUUCAAGGAAAAAAGUGACGAAAUAAUUGAAGUAGCAAAACUUUCGCAUGUUUGUUGGCUGGACGUGAGAGGAAAUUUGGAUAUUUCGGAGCUGUCGACAGAAGUUGUGUAUGUAGUGAAGUUGACAGAGGGGGCUUCUGGGUGGGAACUCCCUAUCCAACUUAAACUUGCAUUCCCAGAUGGAAGAGUUCAAGUACGCCAAGUAAGCCUUUUGGAGAAGCCUAGAAAACAAUGGAUUGAACUCAAUGUCGGCAACUUCCAGAGGAAGAAGGGAGAGUUGGGAGAAGUGAGGUUCCUUAUUUGUGAGCAUGGAGGACACUGGAAACGAGGGCUCAUAAUUAAAGGAGCUGUCAUUAGGCCAAAACAGACGACCACUCUGUGAUCACUCAAAUUAAGGAAAGAUAUUUUGUUCAAUAUUAAGUUCUGCCAUGCUAUUAAUAUUAUCUUGGCUAUUCAAAAUCUAAGUUUGUUUUUGGAUGGGGACUUUGCUAAUGUAAUUGUUGAUAUUAUACUUAAUUUGCUU